CUCUGCUUUGCCUUAUUUUCCUUUUAUAGGCAAUAAAAUCUGUCCUUCCCUCUUUACUACCCAACAAUAGUACACAGCUACAACGAAAUAUGGCUCUUGAAGGGCGAGAUAUCCGGAUAGGCAACAAGUACAAGCUCGGCCGAAAGAUUGGCGCAGGAUCUUUUGGAGAGAUUUACUUGGGAUCCAACAUUGUCAGUGGAGAAGAUGUCGCUGUGAAGAUGGAGAACAUCAGGGCAGCUCACCCGCAGCUGGAAUACGAAGCCCGAGUUUACAAAACAUUGGCAGGCGGUGUUGGUAUUCCGUUUGUGCGAUGGUAUGGCAAAGAGGUCGAUCACAAUGUGCUAGUGAUGGACCUCCUUGGCCCUUCAAUGGAAGAUUUAUUCAAUUACUGUAAGCGACGCUUUUCUCUCAAGACAGUCCUCCUCCUGGCAGACCAAUUACUAUCGCGUGUCGAAUACGUCCACUCCAAAGGUUUUAUCCAUCGUGACAUUAAGCCUGACAACUUCUUGAUGGGUAUCGGAAAGCGAGGCAACCAGGUCAAUAUGAUUGACUUUGGUUUAGCUAAGCGGUUCAGAGACCCAAAAACCAACACACACAUUCCCUACAGAGAAAACAAGAAUCUGACAGGAACACCGCGCUAUGCAAGCGUAAAUACUCAUCUGGGGAUUGAACAAUCUCGACGCGAUGAUCUUGAAUCUCUGGGUUACAUUUUGGUAUACUUCUGCCGAGGUCAACUACCAUGGCAGGGCAUCCGUGCUCGGAAUAAGAAAGAGAAAUAUGAUAAGAUCAUGGAAAAAAAGAUGACAACCUCGGCUGAUCAACUCUGUCGAGGGCUUCACCAUGAAUUUACGGUCUAUCUUAAUUACGUACGCUCUCUGCGUUUUGACGAUAAGCCUGAUUACUCGUAUUUACGUAAAUUGUUCCGUGAUCUGUUCGUCCGUGAGGGAUUUCAGUACGACUAUGUGUUUGAUUGGACCAUAAAAAAGAUUGUGAGUUGCAAUUAUUGA